AUGGCGUCCGACGGCUCUGGAAUGAAGCGCCAAUUUGACGGUGGCGCAGACGACUUUGACCCGUCCAAGCGCAAGCGCAACUCGCAGCCGACAUCGCGGGUUGUGUUUGUCUGCGGACUUCCUGCUGACUGUCUGGAGAGCGAGCUACUGGCACUUUGUUGCCCGUUUGCUGUUGUCGAGAAGAGUCUCAUGGUGCCCCAGAAACGCCAAGCCUUCGUGCAGUUGCCCGACGUCACGUCAGCUGCCAACCUCGUCACCUUUUACCAGACACGUGACGCGCUGAUCCGUGGCAAGAAAAUCUUCUUUGACUUCAGCAAUCGGAACGAAAUCAUCACGCAUCAAGAGAGCGAGGCUUCUGCUUCUUACCACCACGAGCAGCAGCCGCAACAGCAUCAACAAGUCGGACCUCACGGACUGCCAAGAGCCGCGCCGUUCCAGCAACCCCUGUCCACGCAGUUUGGGCCAUCGCAAGAUCAGCCUCCAUUCGGUCAGCGGGGUAUGAUCGCCCACGGUGGCCCUCGUCGUGGCAUUGGCCCACCGAAUCAGAUCCUUAUGGUGUCGGUGUCCAAGAUUGAAUACGACAUCACUGUCGACGUCUUACAGCAGGUUUUUCAAAAGUUUGGCAACGUGCAGAAGAUCGUCACGUUUUGGAAGAACAACGAGUUCAAGUCGCUCGUUCAAAUGGAAUCGGUGGAUCAAGCACAAGCUGCACAAUCGGCGCUGGAUGGUCGCGACAUUUACACAGGCUGCAAUCAGCUAAGCAUCGUGUUUUCGCGUCACCCGGAUCUUAACGUGCGCUACAAUGACGAUCGCUCACGCGACUAUACGAAUCCUAAUCUCCCUCCGGGCCCUGGUCGUGGUGGAGACGCUCGCGCAGAAAACGAAUCGCUGACUACUGCACCUGUGGACGGACGUGAUGCUCCGCGGGAUAAUGGAUACAAUAAUUCAUUUCCUCGUCACGAUGAGUACGCCUUUCGUGGGCCUGCUCAUGCUCCUAACAUUGGACGAGGCGAUCAAUACGCUCCGGACAUGCGUGAUGGCCGUGGUCCACCGUUUCGACACGAUGAUCGUCAUCCGAGUGUCGACGGACCUCGCGAUGACCGUGGUGGGCGCGAAUUGCCUGCGCAUUCGACGGGCCGAGCCGUUCGAGGUGACACGCGUCCAUCACCUGCCUUGAUUUGCAGCAAUAUCGAUCCCGAGCUGGUGAAUCCGCAUCACCUAUUUACGCUGUUCGGCUGUUUUGGAGACGUCCUUCGUAUCAAGGUCAUGUUCCGCAAGCGAGAUACGGCGUUGAUCCAGUUCGUCGAUGAAGUGCAUUCAACCUCGGCCUUAGACCACUUGGAUGGUGUCUACGUGUUUGGCAAAAAGCUGCGUGUGGACUACUCGAAGCACGCGAGUGUUUCAAUGCCUCACGCAGAUGCGGACCGUUUCGAACUCGAGAACACGCUUGACUUCUCAGGGUCCCCACAUCAUCGCUACCGACGUCGAAGUCCUCAAGAGGCGGUCUCGCCCUGUCCGUUACUGCACAUGUCAGGCAUUCCGAUGGAGCUGCAGAACAACCGUAACGCCGUUGUGGACCUUUUCGCGCAGUAUGGCUUCGUCAAGAACUUCCACUACCUGCAGAAUAACCCCAGAAUGGCACUGGUUGAGAUGGGCUCGGUGGACGAAGCCAUCAUGGCACUUCUUCAUGUCGACAACAUGACAUACCCGGACUCGCACAUGCGCAUAUCCUUUUCCAGAGCCUACCAGUUUUCUGCUGGAAACGGCGACAGCGGCCCUGCUUCUCGUCUCGGUCCUAUGUCUGCCUCUGGUGCUGCUCCAGGUGGCUGGAACCCAUCAAUGCAGUCGCGUCCACGAAACCGAAGCCGCGAUCGCAGUCGUAACCGUGAACGAGGUCCGCCUGUGGGGGGAAAUCGAGACCGAUCGCCACGAGACCGAGGUCCUCCACCACCGCAGCGAGGGCGUGAGUUUCAACAGCGUGACAACUCCCGCCGCCCUCCUCCGCGUUAUUGA